AUGUGGAUGAGCAGUGGUAUUUACAGCGAGUGCUCGAUGCUCCGCAGGCUCAUGUGCACGACUGUUCCCCGUCUUCCGUUAAUCUCAUCGAAACCAAAACCUCACAUUCUCAAUUCCCUCGCCCAAAAACCCCUUUCCAACGCCAUCAAAUCCUUCUCUUCUUCCAAAAUGGGGGACGCUCGCAGACCCUUAUCCGUUCCCAUCCCCACCUUGGACAAAUCCGAGCGCUCCGACCUCCUCCGCGCCCUGGAAGCUUCCCUAGGCUCCCCCUUCAGCUCCGACCCUCUCUCUCCCAACCCCAACCCUCUCAUCAUCGUCAUAAGCGGCCCCAGCGGCGUCGGCAAGGACACCCUUAUCGCACGCCUCCGCGAGGCCCGUCCCGGUCUCCACUUCGUAAUCACCGCCACCACACGGCCGCGCCGCCCCGCCGAAGUCGACGGCAAGGAUUACCUCUUCGUCUCGAAGGAGGAGUUUCUCGGGAUGGUGGAGCGGGAGGAGCUGCUCGAGUACGCCCUCGUCUACGGGGACUACAAGGGAGUCCCCAAGCAGCAGAUUCGAGACUGCCUCGCUAAGGGCUGCGAUGUCGUUCUUAGGGUCGACAUUCAGGGCGCCGCCACGCUCAGGAAAGUGCUCGGCAAGUCGGCGGUGUUUGUCUUCGUGGCGGCGGAGAGCGAGAUGGCCCUGGUGGAGAGGCUCGUGGACCGGAAGACGGAGACGGCGGAGUCGCUGCUGGUGAGAAUCGGCACAGCGAGGGAGGAGAUGAAACAUGUGAAGAAUUUUGAUUAUGUUGUGGUGAAUGCGAAGGGGAAGCUGGAGAAUGCGGUGCAGUUGAUGGAGUCUAUUAUUAAUGCCGAGAAAGCUAGGGUUUCGCAGCGGACUCCUCUCAUAUAA